AGUUGCAUAAAAUGGAAAUACAUAAAGUAAAGUACCUCACAUUUGUGCUUGAGUAAAUGUAUUUAAUUACAUUCUACCACUGGACAUGUCCACAUGUCAAUGUUUAUAUUAAAUGAAAAAUAAAAACAUAAAAAAAAUAGCUCUUUCCAUUAAAGAUCUCCCUCAGACAUGUUUUUAGACAUGUAGCUAAAAUACUCAUCUGAUAUAAAAAAAAAAAUCCAUAAACUUAUUUUUCAUUUUCAUAACAAAGUUUAAACUGGUGGAUGUAAGAUGUUUCCAACUUGACUGAAAAGUUCAUUCUCAGUGUAUGUGCACUGGAGGUUUCAACACUUGUGUAAGUUGCAUAUUGAACCAUAAUGGUUUCAAAACUAGCGAUGUCAUAAAACCGCAUACACGUCUUAAACCCAGAUUAGACGUAAGCAUAAUCCAAGUGAAGUAACAGUAACCAAACCACAUUUUUUACUGGAGGUAGACUUACUAAAAUAUUAGGUUUUAUAUACUUAUUUGACAUGUCAUAACAAGUUAAAUUAAUAAUAGUAAUGAUGGUUGUAUACACAUACGUUUUUCUAAUAGACCUUUUUUUCCCAACAGACAUUUUGACAUGGCAAGAAAACCACAGGUGUAAUUAUUAAUAUGAAUAUGAACUUAAAGUAGCUUUUUAGUUCCAGGUUGCUGUCGCUGUGCAUGCUGGCUCACUGAUGAGGCUUGCUAAUAAACUUAAAUGGAACAGAUGGUUAACAGUAUUAAUUCCACCUGCUAUGAAAAAGGCUCAAUACAAGCUUCUGGGGACACUCAAAUUGAGUGGUAUUAGCUUCACCCAGGUAUUUCCUGCCAUGACAAGUCUAUGAAAAGUGUUUGUGUUAAAUAGAGAACAAAAGUGCUCAGAGGAAAAAUUCCAUGUGAACUAGUUGACCAUGACCAUGUUGUAAUUAAAUACCACCUCUCAGUAUUGCCACUGUUUUAUCUUCUUAUCCAACAGACCUGCUCUAAAUCCUACGUUCAUGGUGGCUAUGAUGUUAGAGAAAUAUUCACUUUGGAAUAAUGGACAUAACAAAACUGUGUGUCUGCAUUUCCUGUCAUAUUUCAACUUAAAAGCACCUUGACAGCACAGUUAAAAUAAAGUUACGUUAAAUAAAUAAUAAGUGUGUCUUAAGAAAAUUAAGAAAGAAAUUUGGCAACAGCCUCCGAGCUACUAGGUAGUCUAGUUCUUCCAGUUGUAAAUAGAUAUGCUGAAGGACUUGUUUGUGUCAAACAAAAAAACAGAUGCUUAAUGGUUUAGAUGCAGGAAGUCAUUUUCACAAACACUUCCGAAGAAGUGAUUGUGAAACAAAAAUCAGCUGUCAUUGUUCUGUGCUCUUCAAGCAUGUUUUCACACUUCACAUUGCAAUAGGAGCUGAUACAACAGAGGAAUAUGAGACAGUUUUAUAAAGGUGGAUCAACACUCACUCUGUGAAUGAGGAAUCAGGAUCACUUGCUGUUCUGACUAUGGUUUCCUGAUCUGUUGGUCUUGAUCAUCAGCCUCAUCCCUGGUCUAUGAAGAGGACAGCAGCACACUGUUGGACAUCCAGGUCCUCGGGCUGGACAACGCAUCUGCUUCUGUGAUGAUCGCAGUCAGCAGAUCCAGGUCUCUUUACCAGAGGCUAAACAAUGAUCUCAAAUACAGACUGGCUGUCUACUCCCUGAGUCUCCACACAUCAACCAACUCAACAGUGAACUUGCUCACGGAUGUUGACCCAGUGGUCUUUGCCAUCAGGAGAGGGGAUGUGAAGGCUGUUAAUGAUCUGGCAACAUCAGCCUCUCACCGCCUGCUGAAGGAGAACAAAGAUGGGUGGAUACCUUUGCACGAAGCUGCCUUUUGUGGACAGACAGAGUGCUUGAAGACCCUACUGAGGGCCCAUCCAGGGUCAGUAGACAAACGUACCUUGCAGGAGCAGACGGCCUUGCUGCUUGCUGUGUCUUGUGAACACUCGUCAUGUGUGCGAUGCCUUCUGGAGGCAGGCGCUGACCCUGACAUCAGCAGCAAGAACAAAGAAACCCCUUUGUAUAAAGCCUGUGAGUUGGAGAAUGUGGACAUGGUGAGCCUCAUUCUAUCCUACGGUGCCACUGUGAACCAGCGGUGUGGUCAGGGUUGGACAGCCCUCCACGAGGCUGUAUCCAGGAACAACACAGAGAUCUGUGAGAUACUAAUAAGAGCCAGGGCCACAAUCAAUCCACCGAAUACCUACAGCAUCACACCACUCAUUGUAGCAGCUCAGCGAGGACAGAUGAGGGCGCUGUGUUACCUUAUUGGGAAAGGUGCAGAUGUGAACAUGCAGACGUGUGAUGGUGUCACGGCGCUGCAUGAGGCUAGUAAAAAUGGCCACAAGGAAAGCGUAGCAGUGCUGAUAACUAAAAAUGCAGACGCCAACAAACCCACUAACUCAGGACUGCUGCCGCUGCAUGUUGCUGCCCAAUAUGGACACCAUGAGAUUGUGUCCCUGCUUGUCUCAGUGACAAGUCGAGCCAGGCUCCGCCACAGUUGUAUCAGCCCCCUCCACCUGGCAGCAGAGCACAACAGACACACUGUGGCAGCUGUCCUACUCAAGACAGGUGCAGAUGUUAAUGCGACACUGGCCCACAGUCACUCCAUCCAGUAUGCUGAUGGACGUGCAACAGCCCUCUACUUUGCUAUCGCCAACGGCAGCACCGAGACAGCAGAGGUGUUGCUGAACGCCGGCGCUAGUCUAAACCUAGACCCAGUCAGUCCUCUACUGAUGGCUGUACGGCAGGGCUGUGUCAGCACUGUGUCCUUGCUGCUGGAGAGAGGUGCCGAUGCAAGCGCCAGAAUCCCUUCUUAUGCUACUACGUUCCCUGCCGUUGUUGCACUUUGCAUGAAUAAUCUGCCUCUACUCAAGUGCCUUUUGGACAAUGGCUGCGACGCCUUCUCCUGUUUCACAUGUACACACGGCAGUGCCCCUCACCCGACAUCAGGAGGAUCGCAUAUAAGAAGUGGCAGCAAUGGAUAUGUUCUGCAGAAUGACAUUAUGCUUCCUUUAAACUGCAGCGAGCCUUCAGGAAGGGCAACUCAGUUCUGUGAGUGGAUCUCAACAUCAGUUAUGUGUAAAUGGGCAGGACCGGUCAUAGACCUGCUGAUGGAGCAUGUUGGUCAUGUUCAGCUGUGCAGCAAACUCACUGAACUACUAGACAGCCGAGAAGAAUGGCUCGCUGUUAAGAGGAAGUCAUUAUCACCGCGUCCACUGCUGCACCUUUGCAGAUUAAGGAUUCGGACCCAAAUGGGGAGACACAGACUAAAAUCUCUCACAAGCCUCCCUCUGCCAGACAGACUGAUCAGAUACCUGAGCCUGGCUGACUGACUUUAAGAUGAACGUCAAGGAAUAUAGGCAUCAGAGAUGUGGCUAAAUUUAUCGUUUUGUGUUUCUUUUUUUAGUUUAAUCUAAUAUCUCGAAUCUGUAAAUGGUCCCCUCAAAGGAAUUCUCUAUGUAUAAAAUGCCUAUUUAUAAAAUAUGUAAUGUGACAAUAAGGUUCUUUAAUCGGUCCGUCUGAAGGAUUUGUAGUUUCACAUAAAGAGUGAAAGUGGAAAUGAUCUAAUGCCCAAAGGAGUUCUUGAGGAAAGUUGAAUCAUUUAUUUAAAAAUAAAAGUCAUUGUUUCAAA